CCAUUUUCCUGAUGCAGUUAAAAGCAUGAUUUGUGUUUCCUCUAUGAACGGGAAAAAAAUAUUUACAUAUUCAGUUUUUUUUUGCAAGCAAGCAGUUUUUUUUCUCGAGAAUGAGAACAAUUAGAGACAAAUUGCAAACGCUGCUGGUCGGGAACUGGUGAUCACGGACUCCACGGCGCAGGCGCUCGGCUGCAAUGGGCGACAGCAACAACACGCGGUCUUCUAUGGCUGAGGCGGCCGAAGACACGGGAGGCGAGCCGAAGGUGAACGUGAUAACCGUAGCGCGCCUGGCGGCGAUAGACGGCUGCAAGCCCUCGCCGAUAGACCUGCGGCUGCAGAAGAUGAAGGCCAUAGCCCUGCCGAGACUCCAGUGGCACAACUACGACCUGGUGCCCAAGAAGAUGAAGAUCACCAACACGGGCAUAACGGCGAUCGUGAGCGGGCGGUGGAUGCAGGAGCGCUGCUUCCUGUCGGGCGGCCCGCUGCUGCGCUCCUACGUGUUCUCGCAGCUGCACUUCCACUGGGGCGCCUCGGACCGCGAGGGGAGCGAGCACCUGGUGGACGGACACAGAAUGCCCAUGGAAAUGCACGUGAUGCAUUUCAAAAGCAGAUACUUGACGCAAGAGGCAGCACUGAAGGAACCAGAUGGGCUUUGCGUGUUGGUGUUCCUGUUCAAGCUCCAGGAGCAGCCCAACACCAACCUGGAGAGGAUCACGCAGCUGCUGGGGAAGGUGCAGAACCCCCACUCGUCGGUGCACCUCGAGCCCCAGCCGCUGUCCCGGUUCCUGGCCCGCCAGUUCUCCGAGGACUACUUCCUGUACUGGGGCAGCACCGACACGCUCCACUGCCGGCACGCCGUGCUGUGGCUGGUGUGCCGCGAGCCCACCGGCAUAUCCCCGGAGCAGGUGGCCAUGUUUAGGGAGCUGCAAAAUUUAGAUGGCAAGCCACUUCUUCGCAACUUCCGCGAAGUCAAUCUGGAAGACGACAGAACAGUUUACCAUGUCCUUCCGGGCCACGAAAGGACUUCCGUGCUGCGACAAAGUUUUUGAGCAAGGAUAUGGUUAACUAUAAAAAAAAAGACGGGUGAUGAAAAAAGACACAAGUUUUUUUAAAAUUAUUUUUUUGUUAAAAUGCAUGAAAUGUACAAUCAAUAUUGUGUGAUUUUAGACAAUGACACAGAACUAAAAAAAUACUCAUCUGUUGGUAAAAGUUGCUGAACACUUUGAACAAUCCUCGGAAAUAUCACGAGAAGAAGCACUUGAAACUGUAGCUGCUAAUUACACACACACACACACACUCACACACCUCUUUAAAAAUGCACUGUGACUCAUGGAAUUUCCCAAUAAUCAAACGAUGAACAGCCAAAACAUUUUUAUGACUCCUGAAAAAAAUACACACACUAAAUAAAUUUAAGGCAGCAUAAAUGCCACAAGACUUUGAGUACUGACAAAUCACUAAAAAUGAUUUGAACAAGUCCAAAUAAAAAUUAAGUUGAUAAAUUGGCAAAACACAUGUGAUGUUACUUUCUGAGGUAGGAUUUUGAUCAUGAACAAGUUAAGUCAAUGUCAAUAUGUACUUGAAAUCACGUAUCUCUUACCAUCGUUUGAAACCAAUUUAACGAAGACUGCUCAGCAAUGCCAACAGCACAAACUGGAAUUCAGCUGGCCAGACCGGAUUAAGUUGACAACAACCACACACAAAAUUCAUCACAAUUAUUUAUACUCCCCACUGCCAAGAGAAAGGAUGGCACAAUAUGCAGUGAACAAACAUAAUUUAAAAGUGCCAAGUGCAAUUUAACCUAUUCACUUACUACAAGGCGCCCCCCAGUUUAAAUAAAGGGUAAAACACUUGCUUCAUCAAAUUUCCAAUAUUUUUGCUGCGACCACAGUGCAAAAGUCGCAGUAUCCAAUAGUCAAAGUCUGCAGGCAGUCUUGUCCCGGUAGAGUUGAAACAAAGUUGGUGUUCGGCGUAAACUUUGCUGCAAGUUCCGUGCGGGCCUUCAAGCUGACGCUAGCCUAACACGCUAAUCAUUCAAUUUACAAAAAAACACAUCACACUGACAGCAAUGCAACUAGACAAACACUAACAUGACUAACUUUCUCUGAAAGUCACUGCCACAGCGGUAGCACAUCAGAAUGUACAAACAAUCUAUUUUACGGCUAAAAAGCUUCCAUGCCGCAAGAUGUAACACAAAAGAAAGAAAUUCAAUGCUAUUGCAAGGUGUGAUAUUUUUACCUUUCUGCCAGGCACUGGUUUGAAUUCCAAAAUAUGCAAUAAAAAUUUUAAAAAUUCAUAAGGCACCCAAAAUACUGAAACACAGAUUAAAAGUAUAGUUGACACAAUUGGGAUUCAAAAUUAAAUGUAGAACUGGUUAGUGUUUCAACAAUUAGUUGCACUGCUGAUGGAAAGAUGUGCACUUAUGCAAUUACUUUUAAUCCUGUUCAUUAUCUCUCCUCAUGCACAUUAACAAGUCACAUAUAUGUAUCUGCAUACCUACACACAUUAAAGAUAUUUUUCUUUCUCACAAAAACAUGGCCAUAAAUAACAUAAAAUUAUUCUAUUGCACGAAUAUAUACAAAAAACAUACAAUGGUACGUAACAGAAUUACAACCUAAACAAAAAAAAAACAAAUAUCAACAAAUGUUUUUUUUUACUUUGGCAAACAGCAUGAAUAUUGAAUUCACAAAUUCACACAAAAACAUUAAUAUGUGAACACAUACAUAUGCAAAUCUACAUCUAAGCAAUGAUAAAUAAUAUGUAUUUUUAAGUUUUUGCAUGACCUCAAUAAAAUUAUAUCUAAUAUUCUAAA